GAUCAAUUACUAAUUACUGCAAUGAGAUAUCGUACAGUCUUCACGCGCGCUUUGAAGGGUCCAAGAUCAAGCCGCGUCAUGUACACACCGCCUAUCCUAUCUGACCGUCCACCCUCCUUCUCUGACCGCCUGCACGCUCACCUCCCCCCUCUCCACCGCCCCUCUUCACCCCUCCCCCCUCUCCACCACCCACCUCCCCCCUGUCCACCACAUUUAUUCACCUCCCCACUUCACCCGACCCCCACCAAACUCACCCCCCUCUCCACCACCUCACCCCACCCCCUCUCCACCUCCCGCACCAAAUUCACCUCCCUCUCCACCCCGCCCACUUCUCCCCACCCCCACCAAAUUCAUCCACCUCUCUCCCCCACCUCCCCACCAAGCUCACCCCUCCCUCCCCACCUCUCCACCUCACCCUACCCCCUCUCCCCUCUCCACCACCCACCUCCCCCCACUCCCCACUCCCCUCUUCACCUCCCCCCUCUCCACCAAAUUUUGGUAUUCACCUCCCCCACUACCUCGAUCCGCCCGCAAUUUGUGCGCGCAUGGAGGGCGGCGAGGCGAGGAGGGCGGCGAGGCGAGGAGGACGGUGAGGAGGGUGGUGACGAUGGUGCGUGGAAGGUGGCGACGAUGGUCAUAGCGUGGAGGGUGGCGACGAUGGCAGCGAGGAGGGCGGCGAGGCGAGGAGGGGGGGCAAGACCCAGUCGCCGCGGAUUCGAGAAACGCGAGGGUCAGCGACGUUGAGGGACGCGUGGGGUGGGGGAUGCGUCGGUGAUGCGGAUAGAGGAUGCGUCGAGGGACGCGUGGGGUGGGGAUACGUCGAGGGCGCACACGCUCCUGGCGUCGCUUCCAGAACUGCCCCGUCGCUCCCGGAAUUGCUCCUGGCGUCGCUCCUGGAACUGCUCCUGGCAGCGCUUCCAGAACUGCCCCUGGCGUCGCUCCCAAACCUGCCCCUGGCGUCGCUUCCAGAACUGCUCCUGGCAGCGCUCCCGGAACUGCUCCUGGCGCGCUUCCAGAACUGCUCCUGGCAGCGCUCCCGGAACUGGUCCUGGCGUCGCUCCCAAACCUGCCUCCUGCAGCUGAGGCAUCUAUCGAACCCCCGGCUGCUGACGCGUCCGGCAACCCCCCGGCUGCUGAGGCAUCUGACGAUCCCCCCCUUCCCCUUCCAUCCCUCCACCAUCUCCCUGCGCGCCAGCGGCACCUCCUCGAUCUCGCGGAGGCUGACCUGCGCGCCAGACACCUUGCGCGUCUCAUUCGCCGGACACCUCGCGCGCGUCCUUCGCCGGACACCUCGCGCGUCCUUCGCCGGACACCUUGCGCACGUCUCAUUCGCCGGACACCUCGCGCACGUCCUUUGAGCGGUCAGACACCCCGCGCACGUCCUUCGCGCGGUCAGACAAGCCGGGUUAUCCUCCCACCACCAUCAUGAACGACAGCAGUUUUGGGAGUCGGGACGAGCGCCUGCACGGGUGGCGAAUGCGAGUAUAGACCAGUGAUGAUGAGAGUGGGAGACUGCGGGUGAGGAUAGAAGGCGAGGGUGCGUACCCGAGGUCAGGCGUGUGAGAGCGACGGGGUCAGGCGUGUGAGGAGAAGGUGGUCAGGCGAGUACGCCGCCGGGAGACGGCAGACUGGAUAUCCGGGCCAGCUUCUUGUUCUCACAGAUAUAUGCGCAGGCUGGGUAGCUGGUCGAUCUCGUUUCCGACGUCGAGGACGAGCGCGACGAGUCACAGAGCGAUCGGCAGACGAGUGUGCACGAUCGACCUACUACUCUCCACGCUCGAGACUACCGACCACGGAGUCGCGAUCGAGCAACCUACAAACACCUCUCCAUAUCCACCAUGCCAUCCUCGACCAUCUACACCUCCCCCUACCCGCCCUUACCAGCCAUACCCUCUGUGAACGCGCACCAUCUACUCUUGGGGCGACCCGAGCAAGCUACGUGGGAGGACUUUGCGCUGUACGUGGAUCCCGGGAGCAGAGCGGCGGAGAAGGGUGCGAAGGCGCGAACGGAGUCAGGCAGCGGGGAGGAUAGUGGAAGAAGGACGAAGGCAGGCAGCGAUAGCGGCAGCGACAACACGAUCACGUUCCACGCGUUCCGGCACCGCGUCGCGGUCGCGGCGACCGUGCUCGCGCGGCAGCUGGAGGAGAUGGGGCUGGACGUGCGGGCGGAGCCGAGGCCGAUCGUGGGGAUCCUGAGUGAGAAUAGUGUGACGUUCGCCACCGCCGUCCAUGCCCUCCUCCGCCUCGCCGUCCCCUUCGCCCUCCUCCCCGCCCACGCUACGCCGUACGAGCUCGGUCACUCGCUCCGCUUGACGGGUGCGAAGGUCGUGCUCGUCGGCAAGGGUUCGGAAGGGAGGGUAGAGCAAGCGGGCGUCAGCGGAGUGCGCGUGCUGGACAUGGAGUGUGCUGAGGGAACCACGUCCCUUGAUGGCCUGAUAGACGCAUUCCUCGUCUCCUCCACCCCAACCCUCCUGCCACCCGCGCCAGCCACGCCGUCCACCCUCGCCUACCUCGUCCUCUCCUCCGGCACCUCCGGCCUCCCCAAGGCCGUCAUGAUCACCCACGGCAACCUUAUAGCCAGCCUCUUCCAGGUCGUCGUCGUCGGGCAGGCAGUGCAGGCGGCGAUGUCGAACACGCAGGCCCCGACGUCGAAUACUCAGGCCACGCUACCCCCGUCGCCGUUUUAUUCUGCGUCGUCCGGUUCUGAUACCGUCACGCCCUCUGUGAUCGCCCCGCCGUCCAAAACCUCUCCCCCGUCUGCUACUACCCCGCCGUCUGACACCACCCCGCCCCACCCCACCCUCCUCGCCUUCCUCCCCAUGUACCACUCCUACGCCCUCCACACCCACCUCUUCCGCAACUUCCUCACCCCGACCACCACCGUCGUUAUGCGCAAGUGGGACGUCGGGAGGGCGUUGGGGUUGAUGCGGAGGCAUAAGAUAACCACCCUCACGCUCGUUCCCUCCGUCGUGCAUCAGUUGGUCACGCUGGCGGCGUCCGCCUCUCAGUCGUCCGCCUCAACAACCGCCUCCAUCCGCACCGCCCUCGCCGGCGUCUCCUCCCUCAUGUGCGGCGCCGCGCACUUACCGGCCGACUUGAGGGACAGGUUUCUGAGGGAGUGCGCGCCGCAUGCGGUGUUUAGUGAGGGUUAUGGACUGAGUGAAGCGACGCUCUCCGCCGUCGGUCCACCGCCGGACGCGCUGUCCGGUACCACACCUACGCCGAGAGGGAGCGUGGGCAAGUUGAUGCCGGGGCUGAGGGCAAGGGUCGUACCCGGGGAGGACGAUAAGGGGGAUAAUGCCACCGGCGAGCUCUACCUCGCGGGCCCCACAAUCGCGCCGGGGUACUAUAAUAACAAAGAAGCGACGCGGGAGACGUUCGUCACCGAAGAUGGGGACGGCAGUGAAGAGACGAAGGGAGAACGCUGGCUGCGCACCGGUGACCGAUUCUACGUAGAUCGGGACGGGUGGUUUUUCUUCGCCGACCGCGCGAAGGACACGCUCAAGGUGUCCGGCGCGCAGGUGAGCCCGCGCGAGAUCGAGGAGGUGCUGCUCGCGUGGCGGGGGGAGGGGGUGGGUGAGGGGUCAUACGAUGCAGAGGCGGCGAGCGUGCGCGGUGCGGGUGCGGAAAACGCGCUCCCCGACGCCCCAUCGAGCAUCCGCGUCCUCGACGCCGCCGCUGCCCCCCGCGGUCCCUCUACCAACAACCACCCCCGCGUCCUCGAUGCCGCCGUUGCCGGCGUGCGCGGGCACGGGCGUACGGCUGACGAGCGCGUCCCUAGGGCGUGGGUCGUGUUAGAGGGGGCAAGUUCAACGGCGGAAGACCGCGCGGCGAUAGUGGACGCGCGCCACGCUGCGAUAGUGGACGCGCUCCACGCCUGGACGCGCGCGCGCCUGAGCCGGCACAAGUGGCUGCGGGGCGGGAUCGAGGUCGUGCGGGAGAUCCCCAAAAACCCGACGGGCAAGGUGCUCCGGCGCGUGCUUGUUGAGCGGUAUGAGCGGGGGAUGGACGAGGGCAAAGAGAUCAAGGCGAAGCUGUAGACGAGGAGGGAAAUGGGGAAGGUGAAAGCGAAGCUGUAGGCUUGUAGGUAAGGGUGUUUGGAGGCGUAGUGGAGCUUGGAGGGCGGGCGAGGUAUAGGCGUGCAACGGGUGAGGUAUAGGCAUGGGAGGGGAAGGAAGUGUGGGGAGCGAGGAUGGGUGGUGGAUGGCGCAGAUGGGUGGUGGAUGGCGAAUAUGUGGGGAGAGCGAAGAUGGGCGGUGGGGGGAACACCGUGGCUAUUUCCCUCGCCACGUCGACCUCCCCUCCCGCGUCGAUCUCCCCUGCCGUGUUGGUGAUCUCCCUCGCCGCGUCAGUCUCCCUCGCCGUGUAAGAUACAAUGUACAAUCUAUCUUGGAUAUAUCGUGUCUUCUUCUCUUCGUUUUGUCCCCCGGGCCCACUUUA